UACAAUCUGUUCUACUCCACCCCGGCCUGCUAUCUGAACUCCGUACAUGAGGGGCUACAGACUUGGCCCAACAAAACCGACGACUUCUUCCCCUAUGCCAGCGACUCCAACAGCUUCUGGACAGGAUACUACACCUCUCGACCCACCCAAAAACGCUUCGAGCGCGAUGGCAACCACAUGCUGCAGACUGCCAAACAGCUCAGUGUCUUUGCCGAUCUGAAGAGUCAGCAACAGAAGGAAGACCUCGAUUACCUUCGCCAGAUAAUGGGAGUAAUGCAACACCACGAUGCCAUCACCGGAACGGAGAAGCAGGCGGUGUCCAACGACUACGAUCGACUGCUCUAUGAUGGCAUUAUCGGAGGAGCCAGCAAUGCUCGAGAUGCCCUGCGAGUGCUGACCAAUCUGCCAGAGGGGGAGUUCGAGAGCUGCCUGCAGCUGAACAUCAGCGAAUGCGCCUUCACCCAGGACAGUGCGGACAAUGUGGUGGUGACCCUGUUCAAUCCAUUGGCCCACACCUCCUCACAGUAUGUGCGAGUACCCGUGAAGGAGGAGAACUACCAGGUGACUGACGAAAAGGGACGCCUGGUGGCCUCUGAGGUGGUGCCAGUGGCCUGGCAAGUCCUGGCUCUGGAAUACCGCCAGAACACAACUCAGCACGAGCUCGUGUUCAAGGCAUCCGUGAACAAGAUCGCCAGCUACUACAUCAAGAAGGUCGACAAGGUAGAGAGCAAGGAAAUUGUCCUGCCCAAGGCUGCUAAAAAGUCGGUGAAGCAAAACGAAAAGAACUUGGAGGUGCCCCAGCGAUUUAAGAAGGUCCAUUCCAUGCAGAAUGUGGAGACUCACGCCGAUGAUGAUUCCGAAACUGUGGUCCAGACAUCGGAGAUCAAAUUGGUGAUCGACAAUAAUACGGGUCGCCUGAAGACCGUUGAGAUGAACGGAGUGUCCGAGGCUAUUGACCAGAACUUUGCCAUUUAUGAGACAUAUGAAUCCGGAGCUUAUGUCUUCCGUCAAAAGGAAGACGUUGAUCUGAAAUUCUUGGAAGACAAGGUGGAGUUCACAGUU